GGCGCCCUAGAGCGCGGGCAGCCGCCAUGGCGGAGGGCACCCGGGGUCUGCUGCAGCGCUGGGGCGCCAGCCUGCGGAGGGGCGCCGACUUCGACUCGUGGGGCCAGCUGGUGGAGGCGAUCGACGAGUAUCAGAUAUUAGCGAGACAUCUGCAAAAAGAGGCCCAAGCUCAACACAAUCACUCUGAAUUCACAGAAGAACAAAAGAAAACCAUAGGCAAGAUUGCAACAUGCUUGGAGUUGCGAAGUGCAGCUUUACAGUCCACACAGUCCCAAGAAGAAUUUAAACUGGAGGAUCUGAAAAAGCUAGAACCAAUCCUAAAGAAUAUUCUUACGUAUAACAAAGAAUUCCCAUUUGAUGUUCAGCCUGUCCCCUUAAGAAGAAUUUUAGCUCCUGGAGAAGAAGAAAACUUGGAGCUUGAGGAAGAUGAAGAAGAGGGUGGUGCCGGAGCAGGCUCUCCUGACUCCUUUCCUGCUAGAGUCCCAGGCACUUUGUUACCACGCUUGCCCUCGGAGCCUGGGAUGACCUUGCUCACUAUCAGAAUCGAGAGAAUUGGCCUGAAGGAUGCCGGCCAGUGCAUCGACCCCUACAUCACAGUGAGCGUGAAGGAUCUGAAUGGCAUAGAUUUAACUCCUGUGCAAGAUACCCCCGUGGCUUCAAGGAAAGAAGAUACCUAUGUUCAUUUUAAUGUGGACAUUGAGCUCCAAAAGCAUGUUGAAAAGUUAACCAAAGGUGCAGCUAUAUUCUUUGAGUUCAAACACUACAAGCCUAAAAAGAGGUUCACCAGCACCAAGUGCUUCGCUUUCAUGGAGAUGGACGAAAUCAAACCCGGGCCGAUCGUCAUUGAGCUAUACAAGAAGCCCACGGACUUUAAAAGAAAGAAAUUGCAAUUAUUGACCAAGAAGCCACUUUACCUUCAUCUACAUCAGAUGUUGCACAAGGAAUGAUCCCAGCACGGACAACCUGGAACUUAGGUGACUCGUACCCCUCGGUAGAGACCAGCCCAGCUGUGUAGCACGUCUGUCAGGCAGGAAGCCGGCGAGCCAAGGCACGAGCCCGUCGCAGAGCUGUACCACGGGAUCACAUCUGGCACGUCACCAGCGUAUAAGGCUCAUCUGGAGACAGGCUUAUUGUAGAUUUUGAGAUGUUUUUUAGCCUUUUUUUUUUCUUUCAGUUAUUAAUUGUGCAACUAAUAGCCUCUCAUCUAAGUUACCACUACGUCUGCCUGCGUCCUGGACCAAGGCCACAGAGGGUGGGAUGUGGUCAUCUCCAGGCUUCACACAGCAAUAAGAAUGUGCUAGAGUUUACAGACCUCUCACCUCGGCUCCAGCAGGCUCUUGCCGUGUCUCGCUCCUGUCAGACGUUGGCUUGGCUGAAGUGGGUGUGGGAGAGAGUGCAAGUGUGUUGAGAGAAACUGGACCAGUUCUGCUGCCCCAGGAGGUCGGUGUGAAGCGUUGUGCUGCUCCUGCGCCAGGGUGGCCCGACUUCAUGCCGACCUGUGGUCUGCCUGCGUAGAAACGGUGCCUCGGCCAGGGCGGGAGCCCGCACGCGCACGUUCCCAGAUGGCAGCUGCCAUUUUUCCAGAUGACCAGAUUGUUUUUCUGAAAGUGAGUUUGUGUUGUUUUUUUUUUUAGUUGUGGUGAUUGGCUGUGCCUUCUACAUCACAUUGUUCCUUCUGAUAGUGGUCCUGAGGGUGACGGUGGAGCCAUCUCAGAAUAAUCACAUUUUUCUGUGGGUUUAGGAUGACUUAUUAAAUUGUGUACUCUAAAGGUGUUGUGGGUCAGAUGCUAAUGAGACCUUGCAGGGGCUAACUGCUGUUUUUCUGACAACUGAUUGUGAAUCCUGAAAACCUGCAUACAUACCUCUUCUGAGCACGAUGAGUAUGCACAACCUGGAGAUACUCUAUUUUUUAUAUAGAUAAAGGUAGACAGAACUACCAUUUAUUUCCUACUUAGAUAUUCUGAUCUCCGUGUGGAUAUAUGCAGGUCAUUAGCUUGACUCUUCUCAUUACUUUUGACUUACGAAUAGGGCAUAAAUAAGGUUUUCAUAGUACACACAGGUGGGUGUUUGAUACAUUCAUUAAGAUCUGGUGUAGGCUCGCUCUCUGGGAUGGAGAUAGUGCCCACGUGAUAUUUAAUGUCCAUUAUUUUAAAUGGCCGGUGCCGGCAUGAGGGGAACGCGACGCCAGAGUCCAGCCCUUUUUUUAAGCUAGCACAGUAAUUCCAGUCAUACAGCUCAGUGUUUUUGCUUUUUCGAGUAACCACAAUGAAGUCGUUCUAGCCCCUGCACAUCAAGAGGCCUAGUCUUUACUCCCACUCGUCUGCUACUGAGCUAGAUGCUAAAAAAGUGACGUGUGCCUGAAAGAGUUGUCAAGCAAGGUCUUGAUUUGAUGAGUUCCAAGUGAUUCAGUUCAGUGGAGGUGAUGGGGAAUUUGCCUUACGUUUCUCCCUGGUUCACCAGCUCUAAGACUGGAGGAUAUCUGCCUUCCCCUGCCCCCUAGCCUGUAAUUAAUCUCCAUGGGGCGAGAACCCUCUUCUCUGUCAUGUAAAUUUCUCAGGUGCUUGGCAGCCCUCUGCACCCUGUGGAGUACUCAGUAUCUUUUGCUUGAUGUUGCUGACAAGACUUUUAAAAAAAAAAUCCUUUUAAAAAAACUAUUAAAAUGUAGCAAACCGA